UUCAGUCGCUCUGGGAUUUAUUCAGAGUGGAGAAAUGCUAGCAGUCAUUGUGGAAAUGCAGCAGAUUAGAGUCAUGAUGAUUUUGUCCGUAAAAGUGGAUGUAUUGAUGUGCGGAGAGUGACAGAUGUCAUGUCUUAUCUCAGGUGCUCAGAAGCGGCGCUUUUACUCUUCAUUUUUGUGGAACUCACUGCAGCAGAAGAAAGAAAUUCAUACAAGUUUGGAACAACUUGAGGCCUUAAAGUGUGUAUGUCACUUGUGUGUGAACCACACUUGUGAGACGGAGGCAGAAGGAGCGUGUUGGAACUCAGUGAUGCUCAUAAAUGGGAAGGAGGAGCCAGUGAAGUCCUGCGUAUCCCCAUCACAGCUCAAGGGUGAAAUGUAUUGCCGCAGCUCCAGAAACGUCUAUACACGCAACUGCUGCUUUACAGAUUUCUGCAACAAUGAGACUCUGCACCUCAAUCCAGAGCCGCCACCUGAGGGGUCUGGUUGGAGUCAACUGGAACUAGCAGCAGUAAUUCUUGUGCCUUUGUGCCUGGUGUGUCUGGGUGUCGUUCUGGGAAUGUGUGCCCUACAAAACCUUCGGUGCACACACAUUAAAGCCCACAAACAGGAUUCAGAGGAACCCUUGGAUGACCAGACUCUGGUGUCAUCUGACAAAUGCCUGAAAGAGCUCAUCUAUGACAUGAGCACCUCUGGCUCUGGUUCAGGAUUGCCCCUGUUGGUCCAGAGAACAAUUGCUCGAACCAUUGUCCUCCAGGAGAGCAUUGGGAAGGGGCGCUUCGGGGAAGUGUGGAGGGGCAAAUGGAGGGGGGAGGAUGUCGCUGUGAAGAUCUUCUCCUCGCGAGAUGAGCGCUCCUGGUUUCGUGAGGCUGAGAUUUAUCAGACCAUCAUGUUACGCCAUGAGAAUAUUUUGGGGUUUAUCGCCGCUGAUAACAAAGAUAAUGGCUCAUGGACACAGCUGUGGCUGGUGUCUGAGUAUCAUGAGCAUGGGUCUCUCUUUGAUUACCUGAACAGAUACACAGUAUCAGUGGAGGGAGUGAUAGUUCUGGCGCUGUCCAUCUCCAGCGGCAUCGCACACCUGCACAUGGAGAUAAUUGGCACUCAAGGGAAGCCCGCCAUUGCUCACAGAGACAUAAAGUCAAAGAACAUCCUGGUUAAGAAGAACGGAACUGCUGUGAUUGCUGAUCUUGGUCUGGCUGUCAAACACGACUCUAAUACCAACACCAUUGACAUCCCCAUUAACCACCGAGUGGGCACCAAGAGGUACAUGGCUCCUGAGAUCCUGGAUGAUUCCAUAAACAUGAGCAGCUUUGAGUCAUUUAAGCGUGCUGAUAUCUACUCACUUGGCCUGGUAUUCUGGGAACUUGCUCGCAGAUGUUCUGUCCAAGGGAUUCAUGAAGAUUUCCAGUUGCCUUAUUAUGACCAGGUGCAAUCAGACCCAUCAGUGGAUGAUAUGAGGAAGGUGGUGUGUGAACAAAAACUCCGACCUAACAUUCCCAACCAGUGGCAGAGCUGUGAGGCACUGAGGGUUAUGGGUAAGAUCAUGCGGGAGAGCUGGCAUGCCAAUCCAGCUGCUCGGCUUACAGCACUACGUGUCAAGAAAACCUUAUCUCAGGUGACUGUGGUCAAGGACGUUAAAGAAUAAUCCAGCGACCUGGUUCCCCACUUAUCUCUGUCCGUCAGUGUUAUUGGGACAUUUGAAAUGCUCAGUUGAGAUGCCAAAGAUUGCAGGAAUUUAAGAGGGAAAGACUGUCUUGUGACCUGAGCUUUGAAAAAAUGAAGGAAAGUGUAUUCUGUUUUGUAGUCAAUAGAUGGUGAUAGAGUACUGAUAUACUGCUACCUCAACUGAUCCUACAAGUGCCAAAUGCUUUGAGUUGCACAUUAUGCUUUGUGCCAUAAACGUUUUGCUUGGUGUAAUUUAGUGUCACAAUUCAAAUGUCUGUAUAUCUGUUUUCAUAAACUCAGCAAAAAAAGAAAUGUCCUCUUACUUUCAACUUCUUUUAUUCACAGCAAAUUUCUUAACGUGUGAAAAUGAACAUAAAUAUUGUAUGAACAUAAAAACAUUUAACACCUGAGACAAACUUAAGUUGCACAGAUAUCUGACAAAACAGAAAUAGAAUAAUGAGUGAACAUAUGUUCCCUGAACAAAGGAGGAGGAGGGGGCUGUAAACUGUUCGCACAACACAGUGGAAAAGAGCCAUUAGUGUCUUGAGGACUGUUCCACAGGUGCAUGUGCUAUAAUUACUUAUGGUUCAUUGAGCAAGCAUAAAAAAUAAUUUCCAAAAAAGCUUACUUGGAUUGUACAAAAUUAUCUUUAAAAUAUAGUAUCCCAUAUAGUAUUUUGUUUUAAUACUAUAUAAAAUAUACUAUUUUUUUAAAUUAUUUUUUUGCUGAGUUUAUAUACAAAGGACCAAAUAUAUAUAUAUAUAUAUAUAAAAAAACAUUGUUAAGACCAUGUGUUGACGUCAGACAGCAUAAUGUGGUCUGCAACAGGAAACUGUUUUUUUUUUUGUUGUUUUUUUUUUUAGCCCAGCUUUGUGCAGGUUGUGAUUUCCUGGCACUAUUUUUUCUACUGUUUUAAACUGCUCACAUCACUUUUGAUUGUACUGUGUACAUAGGAUGAUUUCCUGUAAGCCUUGUCAUUUCAGAAUGUAAAGGAAAUUGGCUACAUUUUUUGCUCAUGUGCAUAUAUCUGAAACAAACCCUGAUCUCUGAAGAGGUUAAAAAAACAAAAAACUGAUCAUCCAAAGCAAUUUCACAAGAUGCUUCAUAUAUAGCAGAGGUCUCCAACCUUUUAUGUAUCAUGGACCAGUUUCGGAAAGAAAAAAAAAUCUGAUAAUCCAAAGCCUCUUGAAUAGAUGUUUCAUCUAGAGCAGGGGUCUUCAACUGGUUUUGUUUUGAAAAUAUUUUUGGGGAAACGCCCAGGCAUUGGGGGGGUUGAGGUGUGAUCAGAACAACGAUUAAUCUGCUAAUUUAUAUAUCCUUCCAUUCCAUCCAUCAAUUCUCCAAACUGCUUUAUCCUCUGCAGGGUCACGGGAUGCUGGAGUAUAUCCUAGUGUCUUGGUCCACAGGCUGGGGACACUAGGUUCACACACAGGCACGCACACAUUCACACAUUCAGUCACACUUACAGGUGACUGUGUCAUGUUUAGCCUGUCUAAAAAUUGCUCUUCAAUGUCAUAAAUUCUCAGUGGGAAAGUGGUAGCUCAAGUUGUGGCUUUCAGUAGUUUCCCUGUUUGAGUAAUUAACUCUUUCCUCACAGGCGUUUACUAAAGUUGCCAGUCAGCGCCAGCAUUUUUUAUUAUAUUCAAAAAAUUUCAUGGCCCCCAGAAUAGCCCGGUUUCACUGAAGAUGCUUAAGCCUAGUCCAGACUAAAAUGCAUGUUUGUGCUGUUUUAACUGAAAGCAACUUGCACUGACUUUCUAUCUUAAAAUAUGUCAGUGCCAUUAUUUUGUCUCGAAAUGCACACCAGUAAUGUGUUUUUUGU